CUGAAUUAAAGAAAUUGUCACCUACCUUUGCUAAAGAGAAAAUCAAUCUUUUUCAUCAAAAAUUGGUUAUCUCCGGAUCAUAAAGAUUUUGAUGAAAAAGGCAACAAAUUAGACUUUGGAGGUGGUGAAAUGUUUUUGAAUAUCAAGUUUGUUGAAUAAUAGUCUACCUGGUUUAAGAAUAUAAUUCACUCAUAGAUAUGGAGCUUCCAGCAAAUAUGAAACUUCCAGAACUUCCCUCAAAUAUGAUGCUUCCCCCUUUACCAGUUCUUGACAAGGAACAAAAUUUUCAGGUUUUCAAACUAAAACCUGAUGUCAGUCACAUGGCCUUUGGUGCCAAGCCUUUUGUGGUUCCACAUCAACAAUUAGUCAACCAAGAAUUGAUAUUGCCUCAAGAUAUCAAAUCUGAACCUUUGGACGAAGAUGAAAAUUUAGCAAGCAGUUCCAACAGCUUUGUUCACCAAACGGUCAACAAUAAUAAUAUUGAUACCGGUACAUCAACCAAUCAUAUCCAUACAGCAUCUCAAGCUUCAAGUUCCUAUGACCGUCACCCAUCUAAUAAUAACACAUCAGGAUUGAUUAAUCAGAAAUUGAUAGUUCCACAAGAUAUAAAAUCAGAAGAAGGAGAUGAUUUAAUUUCAAAUUGUAGAGUUUAUUUUGAUAAUAGGACAGCGGAAACUACAACACCUGCUAACCAAGACAAGGAAUCAAAUCAAAAACCAAAAUCCUACAAUACUCGUCCAUCUUCCGUUAAAGUAGAUUAUAAGGAUGAUUAUGAAUUUGAAAAUGAUGAACAACCAGAGAUCUAUAAUGACAUCGAUGACGUAGAUUAUGAAGAAUCUGAGCUUGAACCAAAGCGGAAGAACGUCAGAAUAUCUGCCACGCCCACAAAGCACCAAUGUAACGAAUGUGGUAAAUAUUUCAAAACUGGUGAUUUUUUGUUAUCACAUGCUCGGCAACAUACCGGAGAAAAACCCUUCCAGUGUGAUAUAUGUUUUAAAUGUUUCCGAGAAAGUAGUUUGCUCAAUCGACAUGUAAAAAUUCAUUCCGGUAAAAAGUUCUCAUGUGAAGUAUGUGGAAAAGAUUUCUCGGAAAAUAGUUAUCUGAAACUUCAUAUGAGUUCCCAUUCUGGCGACCGUCCUUUCACAUGUCAAAACUGCGGUAAGUCUUUCUUGAAGAAAAGUCAUCUGAAAUCUCAUGCUUCUGUUCACAUGGAAAGAGAUUUCAAGUGCAAAAUUUGCGGUAAGGGUUUUACAAAUGAACGGGCAGUACAACGACAUACAAAAACUCACUCUACUUUUAAAGAAUUUCUGUGCAGUUUUCCAGAUUGUGGAAAAUCAUAUGUAGAUAACUCAGCCUUACAAAUUCAUCUCCGAAAACAUACAGGAGAAAGGCCUUACGUCUGUAAUGUUUGCGAUAAAGCGUUUAUGGUUAGCAGCCAUCUUUCUGCACAUCAUAAAAUUCAUACACAAGAGUAUAAAAAUACCGAAAGAAAAUAUAUUUGUGACAUUUGUGACAAGCGUUUUCUGUCCAGCAGCCAUUUAACACAACAUCGUAGAAUUCAUACAGGGGAGAAGCCAUACAUGUGUCAGGAUUGUGGCAAAUGUUUCAUCGAGCAUUCGUCACUUAAACGUCACCUGAGGUUCCAUACAGGAGAGCGCCCGUACUCGUGUGAUCUUUGUGAAAAGACUUUCAGUAAUGCGUCGUCUUUGACAAGUCACAAAAAAUUACAUACAGGCGAAAAACCUUUCGCUUGCGAAGAGUGCGGGAAGUGCUUUCCAUUAAAGAGUUAUUUGGCCGAUCAUAAGAAAACACAUGACAAGUCAGUUCUUUAUCAGUGUGAUGUUUGCUUGAAGGCAUUUACAAACAAAGCAAAUCUUUACACCCACCGCCGAACAGUUCAUGGAAAAAAAAACUGUCGCUGUCCAAUUUGUCACAAGUCUUUUGUGUCCGAUUUUUAUGUAAAACGUCAUAUGAGUGUACACUCGGGUGAUCGUCCAUUUCAAUGUGAUGUCUGCGGCAAAUCAUUUGCACAACGUUUUAGUCUAAAUGUCCAUAGCAGAAUUCACACUGGUGAAAAACCGUAUAAUUGUCACAUGUGUCCGGAGGCGUUUGCAAAUCAUUGUAAUUUACAACGGCACAUCAGUGUCCAUAAUGGCCACCGACCACACCAGUGUGAAAUGUGUGGGAAGCAGUUUGUUUUAAAAUCUCAUCUUAAAUUACACGAAGCCGUUCAUACAGGAAUAAAACCAUAUAAAUGUGUUUUUUGUGACAAGCGUUAUGCUGACCACACUCGUGUCAUUAGACAUAUGAAAUCUGUCCACCAUUCGGACAUCAGGCGAGUUGAGAAAUCAGACGUAGAAGACUUACAGAAGUCGGACAGUGAAUCUAGCAUAAAUAUCAAAGAAGAAAAAUCGGAUCACAGUUAUGAUGAUUUCGUUAAAACUGAACCCAUUGACACUGACGAAUCAGAGACAGAAAAAACAUGCGAUGACCUGUCUGAGAAUGGACAAUUGGACAAUUCUCAAUCCGAGGAUGGACAGUUAGACAAUGCUCAGUCGGAGGAUGAACACUUAGAUGAUGACCAGUUCGAUAAUGGACAUAUGGAUGAACAAUCUGAUGAUAGCCUGUUUGAUGAAGAACAAUCUGAAAAUACAUUAAUUGGCAAUGAACGGUUGUUAUAUCAAGAACAGAAAGAAUCAAGGGUAAUAGAUAAUGAACCAUCAAAAACUGGAUUACCAGACAAUGGACAGUCCGAAACUGGACAAAUAUAUAUUGAACAAUCUGAACCAAUUGUAGAUGAUGCACAGCCAGGGACUGAAUUAAUAAAUGAUGUACAAUCUGAGACUGGAUCUGUUGAUGGUGAAACAUCAGAAACUGAAGAACUAAUCAACAAUGAAAUAUCAUACGCAGACAAUUCAGUUAAUACAUGUAGUUCCGUACAUAGAGAGACAGAAUUUUCUGUACUAGGUGAGGACACAGUAGAUAACGAUUUGGCAAUACUUCAGUUGCACGUAGAUGUUGACUCAAAAAACAAUGAACAAUAUCUACAUGUGUCGGAAUCCAGUACAGACUUAUUAACCCCAGAGUUAAUAGAUACUGACAUGGAUUAAUAUUUCGUAACACAGAUUUAAUUUUAAAAAUAAAGCAUGUUGUGCUCUAAGUGUGAUAUGCUUAUUUUUAUUCUAGUUUACCUGGUAACACAUUUGUUUGAGAUAUAUAUCUAUAUUGCUAACUAUUUCCGCUGUAAUCUUAUUUACAGUCAAAAAUUGUUCUGAAAUAAAAAUUUGUUACUGUUACUGAACUGUAAGGCCUUCAAUACAUAGAUAAUAGAGAGAUAUUUUUUCCUACCAUUAUUGAGAAGCUACAUUCCGUUAAAGUUAAUUUUUGUAUCCAUUUAGAAUAUCUCAAUUCCAGGCCAUAAUUUACAGACUUUAAUUUGAUUGUAUCAAGAGGCUGAUUGAAUUGGAUGCUUUGCAUACAUCUAAAAUUGUUAUGGCAGUUUCUUUUGGUGUCUACGAUGACAUAAUGUAUACCGAGAUGCCUCAUUUCCAAAUAACAUUUUAGAUUUAGAUAUCUUGAUGCCUAAUGAUUUAGACUUUUUGAAACGUAAGGGUGGAACUUUAUCAGAUUUAGUCAAAUAGAAUUUACCUCCUGUUGUCGAACUUGUGUCCAUUUAAAGUAAAAGAAAUAAUACAUUUCUCAAGGUAUUUUCUAGUCCGCAUAAAUCAAAAUGUAAUAAUUGAAGUCAGUAAUUUUAGUGUAAACCUGUUAUUGUAUUUGUAUACUAAUGUCUGUAUAGUUUAUAUUUGUUUAAGUAUAAUGACAUUUGUAUAGUUUAUAUUUGUAUUGUUGUAUUGCUGUUUAAAGCCAUGACAAGGCAAGUUGUUCAUAUUGAACUCCAAAUCCAGAAUAUAUAUUAUUUUAUUGUAAAUGUAAAGAUGGUUGUUGUUAUACAAUGUUGACUGUAUGUGUUUAAAGUAACAAUGCACCAUUGGCCGUUGUUUGUAAAAUAUCAAUAUUUUUCUUGGCUUAAUCCAAGUUAAUAUGUACUCAGAUUGAUUAUUUAACAUUUAAUUAAAAAAACAAAAUCAAAAUACAAAUUCAAUUGGAUUUAUAACAGGCCUGUCAUUAAGUUUUUGUGGACAACAAUUCAUUGUAAUCCGGUUUUAAUCUUGUGUAUUUAGCACUAAUUUCUUUUCCAUUCAUUCAAUAUCAAAUCCUUGUUUAAACAUUCGUAAAAAUCGUUUAAAAUUACUAAAAAUCAUCUAAUUUGUACUUGUGUACCGUUUAAAGCUGACCAUUCAAUUUUGAUAAUGAGUGUCCAAUUUACAAUUGUUUAAUUUCUCGAUCACUGUUAAAAAAUAAAGAACCCAAUUGAUUAUUGAUGUCUUAUGAUUAAUUUUUGAACAGUGGUCAGGAAAUGAAAUACUUGUAAAUUGGACACUUAUUGUCAAAAUUAAUCAGUCAGGUUUAAAAACUGGACAAAGUACAAAUUAGAUGAUUUUGGGUGAUUUUAAAUGAUUUUUUACUAAUUUUUAAACAAAAAUGUGAUAUUAAACGAAUGUGAAAGAUAUUAGUGCUAGAUACACCAGAUCAAAUGAUGCCGGGGUAACGGCCCGGUUACAGCACAAUAUGGCAACAAACUUAUUGCAUAUCUUUGUAAAUACUAAAUGGAAUUGAAUCAUUUUGGGACUGAUAUUACUAUUAGAGAUUCAUCUUUAACAGUAUUGUAGUUUGCAAGUGAUUCCUAUUGCUUAAAAUGGUGCAGCAGGACUUUAAUGUUAAAUUAUUAUUAUUAUUAUUAUUAUUAUUGUUCGAUUUAUAUAGCGCUUCAUUACACGUGAAGUGUUUCUAAGCGCAUAUCACAAACAUAUACUUCAAACACACAGAAACAAUCAAAAGGCUACAUCACCACAAUGGCUGUUAUCGUUUAGUCUUUUGAAUGUUAAAGCAGCAUUAUGUAAGACUAGAUAAAGAGCUGACAGUUCUUGUUGUAAUAGUUAAAAAUAGAUAAUGAAAAGAGAAUAUUUUGAAAAUUUCAGUCAAAUUACUUCACUCUCACUGAGUCAGGGAAUCGGUGAUAUAAUUAUAGGCUAGCCUUGAUUGUCAUUAAUACUGUUGUUACGAUAAUAAACAAAGUCUCGAUUCCAUUUAUUACGGUAACCGCAUCCACCACAAAACAUAUAGGAAUCCACUAAAUAUUGCAGGAAUCUAAUGGCAUCGAGAGUUGGUUAUGGUCUUGGUAAGUUAAUUAAUGUCUUAAUUGAUAAUCUAGAUAACAUUUCAGGCCUGAAGAAAGACCUGCAAUAGGCAGAUUUAGCUCUUGCAUUAUGUGUGUGACUUAGUUGUAGUUUACGUCAGCUUCCACCAAGGUGAUAUCGCAGACAACUUGCGUUAUGCAUGUUUAAUUGAAUUAAUAUGAAAUAAAUUCUUUACUGAACAAAUAAACCUUUCAACUGUUUUAAUUACAUGUAUUUAGAUGAGAACUAUUUCCAGUCAAUUUCAUAUUGUUACUAUUGAUAAAUGUUUACAAUCAAAUCAGGGUACAUGUAACUCUUAAUAAGAUUUUCUAUUUUAAAUCUACUACAUACCAGUACAUACAAGGAUUUAUUUUAGACAAUUAUAUUUAAGAUUCAGUUUUGUUAAAUGUAUAUUGCACAUUUAGAGCCCAUCAAACACAAAGGAUUUAUGCUGUCACUUUUACCAGAAAACAAUUUUCAUAUUCCAUUUCACUAUUUAAAACCAGAAUUUGAUAAUUUCUUCAAUUUACUAAAAAUGAAUUUGAUAUACAUGAUUUAAAUUUCUAAAAUUAAUUAAAAUAUAUUUGAUAAUAUACACUAUCAAUUAAAUUUCUAAAAUUAGUGAAACUGAAAUGCCACCAGCAAAUUAAAUUUGGAUGGAAUUACUUCAGUGGUUCAGAAUGGAAUUUGGAACUUAUGAAGGGAAGAAGCUAUUUGAAUUGGUUACAUGUUUGUAUAAAAGGGUACAUCAGAAUGGCUAUUGUCAUUGAGUUUUCUUAACCACAAGAUUAAAGAGUUUCCUUGGACAGAUAUAGGGAAGAGAUAGGCAGUGAACAUGUAUAACCCGAAGUGAAAGUCUCCCAAAGAGUCAAAAUCUGUUAUAAUGUAAGCAACAUUGUAAGUUAAUAUUUGCCUAUACAUCUAUCUUUUACUGAACAAAUAAAAUUGUCUGUGUAUAGUAGGCCUAAUUCAUACUGAUGGUGGAUUUACAGCCCUUGGGCCUUUUGUUAUGUUUGUAUGCCUAUUAUUUUGACCAAUGAUAUUGUAGUUUUCCUUUUAUUGUAUCUUGUUAUGUAUUGGGAAUUUUAUGUAUAAUCUAGUUAUUGGAAAUUUUAAAAGCUUUUUUGUUGUUGACUGUAUUUAAUAUAUGACAUAAGGAAAAUAUGAUGAUGGCAUCUUUAAAACAAAUUAAAUUGUGAAAUUUUUAAUUGUAUGUAAAUUUUGAUAUAAUAAAGU